AUGCUUCUCGGAUGGUUGGUCCUGGCUUUGCCAGCGCAGGCAGCCAUUUGCCACAAUGGUUGCUCUGGACACGGUUCGUGCGGACUUUUGGGUAGCUGCAUUUGUGAUGGGAACUGGGCAGGGAGAGAUUGCAGCUUCCAACUUUCACUGGAUUCCGAACUUCCCAUGACUGACUCAAAAGAGGAAACUUUGGACACUGCAGCAUUAUUUGACGAGAGUCCUGCAUCAGUUCCUGCAUCAAUGCCUUCAAUGCCCAAGAGAUCUGCCUUAGCCUUUGCUCAAUCUCGGAGAGCUGCAGAAAGUGCAUGGGCAACUGCAGACAAGUUGUUUGCUGCAGCAAGAUCAGAGACUUCUCGAGACGCCAUCGAGCGAGUUGAGAGAGCCGUUUCAACGGCUCGAAGCCGGAAGGAUGAGAUCCCAGGCUCCAAGUUUGCUGGAAUGCAGGCACCACCAGCUGCAAGCGUGCAUCCUUGCCGCGGAGACUGUAGCAAUCAGGGCAUGUGCCUAGCAGGAAAGUGCCUUUGCAACAACGGUUUCUAUGGCGAAAGCUGUGAGCACAUACGGUGUCUCAACGACUGUAGUGGCAACGGGCAAUGCCUUACAGGGCGUUGCAAGUGCUCUGCAAGCUACGGCGGGGAGGAUUGCUCCCAGCUGCUGCAAACGCAGAGUUCCCUUGCGGCUUUUCUGCGACGAGGACUCGCUGCAGAAAGUGAGGAGCUUGCUAAGCAGCAGAGCCCUCUGAAGCAACAGAAAGCGAAGGCUUGUCCAUUGAACUGCAACAGUCGCGGAGAUUGUCACGACGGAACUUGCAAGUGCCAUGAUGGUUGGGCCGGCUUGUCCUGCCAGGACUAUGAGCAAACCAGCGAGCAACCAGCGCUGGUGGAGUUGGCAGAGGCUGCAACUUCUUGCGCGGGUCAAUGCUCUGGAAAUGGCAUUUGUGAGUCUGGCAAAUGCAGAUGCAAUGAAGGCUUCUAUGGAAAGGCAUGUGAGCGUGGCACCGCUGAGCCCGCGAUUCAGCCAUUGCAGCUGAAACUGCAACAGGUCACCAAGGAAGAUGAACUCCGUACUGUAACUUGCAGCGGUGGAUGCAGUGGCCAUGGAGAAUGUAAGGUUGGUAUUUGUGAUUGCGAAACAGGGUGGCAAGGAACCGCUUGCAAUAUCAGCGCGGAAGCAGCACAAGGGUCUGAGGAAGAGACAUUGGCCCCUGCUGCUGCUUCUUGGAUCGCCACCAAUGCUGCUGUACAAAGCGGAAGAGCACUUCGAUCUAGCCAAAGUAGAAUUCAUCAGGACUCAAAGCCUUCUCUGCUGUCAACGAACGUUCAGGGAGAGAUUGAGCCACGCAUUGAACGUGAGUCUUCCCUUGGCACUUCAGCAGCUACGGCGCUAAAUUCCUGGCUAAAGACUGCUCGCACAGUCAGCAAGCGCCGUCCAGUAGAUGAGCUGGCGUCCUUGCUGUCAUCAGCUGUUGCUAUGGCAGCAUUCGCCUUAUUGGAGCAGAUCUCCCUUGCAGUCUGCGCUGAGAUUGGGCGAGAACUUGGAGUUGAGCUGGCAAAAAUGCCAACUGAGACCUCCUCCACCAUGAGGUGCAUUCAUUAUGACCGUCCACUUGAAAGUCGAGGAUUUGGAGAUUUGAAGGCACCCACGGAGCCACCCGCUGCUGGAACACCAGUCCGACUUGUCGGUCUUGCUGGCAGUUUGGCAUGCUUGAACGGUCUAAAGGGCAGUGUGAUCAGCACCUCUCCAAUUGUGGUGUCUGUCGCUGGAGCCCCUCAGGCCGUCUUGCAAGCAAGAGGAUCCCAAAGUGCCACCGUGGAGUUGGCAAAUCUUCGAUUGCUUUCUUCCAAGGCUCCUGGAAUGUAUCCGGCGCACACAGACUCGUCCCUGAUUACAGUUGCACCCUGCAGCUCAGCUCCUGGACUUGAGGUCAAAGACCUUCAGACUGGGGAGUGGUUCAAUGUGGAGGCAAGGCAAAGUGCUUGUGUUGGACGGGUAGAGCAACUUGAAGCACUUGAAUGGCCGAAAAAAAUGUGGCUUGUUCUAAACCCUUGUGUUCAUGUUAAGCAAGGGGCCCCUUGUAAGGGUGUGGCGUAA